AUGAACCCUAUUUAUAUUUUUACGGAUAAAGACCAUCGUAAUCAUAUUCAAAGAAUAAAAAAUUCCACAUUAUCUCCACCCUUAAUAGAUUCCCUUACUUAUUCCACCUGUAUAUCACAAAUCUUUUUGACCACUAGUGCUCACUUCUUGACUGGAUUUAGUAUCGAAAUGUUUCCCUUCAACACUGGGGAUUACGAAACGAAUGGUAAACUCGAAG